GGCGGCGGCGGCGCGAUGCCCCGCGGCAACAUGGCCUCCCUGAUCCAGCGGGUGGCCCGGCAGGCCCGCCUCACCUUCCUCCCGCCCGGGGGCGGCGGCAGCAACGGGCCGCGCUUCGCGGAGGACCUGCAGCGCCUGCAGCAGCUGCUGGACGAGGUGCGGGCCGAGGACCUGGGCCUGGUGCCGCGCGGGCCCUCGGCGGCGGCGGCGCCUGGCGGCGGCGCGCCGCCGGUGAGCUACAUGCACAUCUGCGAGACGGAGGGCUUCAGCAUGGGCGUCUUCGUGCUGCGCGCCGGCGCCUGCAUCCCGCUGCACGACCACCCGGGCAUGCACGGCCUGCUCAAGGUGCUCUACGGCACGCUGCGCAUCGCCUGCUUCGACGGGGCGGCGGCGGGGGGGGGCGAGGGCGGCGCCUCCGAGGCCGCCGGGCCGCCGCGCCGCCACCGCGCCCUGCUGCGCUCGCGCCAGCUCUACACGCCCGCCUCGGCCCCCUGCCGCCUCGCGCCCCACGCCGACAACCUGCACCAGAUCGACGCCGUGGGCGGCCCCGCCGCCUUCCUCGACAUCCUCGCGCCGCCCUACGACCCCGAGCACGGGCGGGACUGCCACUACUACCGCCUGGGCGACGGGCAGAGCCUGGACGCCGACGCCCAGCCCCUGCCCAAGGAGGUGUGGCUGCAAGAGACCCCCCAGGCGCCGGACUUCUGGUGCGCGGGGGAGCCCUACCCGGGGCCCCGGGUGUCGCCCUGAAGGGGGGGCU